UGUGCGCCUAUCGCUGACAUUUCGAGCCGAUUUUCCCACCACUAGUGCUCACAUAACCUGCUGCGGCAUUUGUCCAUUGAAAAACAUACACAGAUAAAUACAAAAUGCAAAUCACACGCCUCGUGCUGCGUCAACUUAGACGUCAAAUCAAUGUGCAACGCCAGUACAGCGCUGGUGCCCCCGCUGCCAGCGCCGCCGCAACUGAGAAACUCGUGCCACCAACACCAGAAGGUGCCGCAAAGCCGCCGAAUCCUAAGCUGGACAGUAUUGUGAACAAUAUAGCGUCUCUUAAUCUGCUUGAGGUUUCCGAACUGAGCACGCUGCUAAAGCAAAAACUUAAUUUGCCAGAGACCGCAUUUGCACCUCAAUUUGCCAUGGCAGGACCAGCGCGGGGAGCUGCAGCGGAAGAUGAAGAGGAGGCGGCGCCCAAGAAAGUACAAACCUCAUUCAAGGUGAAGAUGGUGAAGUUCGAUGAGAAGCAAAAAGUGGCGCUAAUCAAGGAGGUGAAGAAUCUGCUCGAGGGCAUGAAUUUGGUGCAAGCCAAGAAGUUUGUGGAGAGUGCGCCAACCGUUGUCAAGGAGGACAUACCAAAGGAUGAGGCCGAGAAGCUAAAGGAAGCGCUGACCAAGGCGGGUGCCGUCAUUGAAAUUGAAUAAGCUAAACUACUACCAUUUGGCACUAAUGUUAAUUGUUUAUAAUAAAAUCGCUAACAGCAUUUACAUAGCUGUCCAACAUA